AUGGCGAAGUCUUGCAAGGGUCUUGCUGAAGAGCUUGUCAAGUGUCUCAGUGAUUCCAUGUGUGUCAAGGACGAGAAACGGUCAAUUAGGGACUGCGCUGGUGAGAAAAGCCCAUGUAUACCCAGCGAGUGUGUUGGCCUACGAGAAACUUACUUUAAUUGUAAAAGAGGACAGAUGAUAGGAAACGCUAACAGCCAAAGAUCAAGCAUGCUUGUGAACACUUAA